CUGCCUUCCUUCUCCUGUGUUAAGGGUUUUUUCAUCUCUAAAAUGAAGCUGCACCCAAACAACAACUUGAUUCCCCCUUUCCACCAAUAGAGUUACAUGUUCCCCAAGGAUAAAAGGAGCCAAAAGACAGCACAACAAUCACAGAUCACAGCCUAAUUGAGGGAAUUUCGUGCAACCUCCUUUCCUAACUGCUCUCAGCAUUUGCAGCAAUUUUCAGAGAUAUCAAAUGGAGAGGGAUCAUGAAAAUCAAGGGGAAGUCACAAGAUGAAGAGGAUACCAAUAAGAGCACUCCGGACAACUGAGAAUAACCAGCAACUUUGAAAAUGAAAACAAAUUGAGCCUUCAGAAAAGCACUCAGUUCUUCUCUUUCCCCAGCUGGUGAGAGACAAAGGGGAGACAAUCAAGAAGAGAUUUCAAACUGGAAAAAGUAGAGGAUGCAGAACUCAACAAUAGAUUACAUGAAAAGGUCAAAGGAGAUUAUUUUUUCCAUUAGGAAAAAGAGGGAAAUAUCUAGAGGUGAGUGAGGAGGAAAAAGACAAUUGGAUAGCCACUAAAGGUAGACAGUAAUGCAGGCCUUGCCCUGUGAGGAAGGAAACAGUAGCUUGAAUUAAAGCUCCAUGCAACAAAAGAUCACAUGUAUUUUUGAACUUUUCAAGAACAUCAGUGGUGGAAAAGCUCCAUAGAUGUGCCUAUUGUGGGAAAAGCACACAUAGCAAAUCAUAUACUAUGCAUAACAGGAUCCACACUGGAGGAAAGCCAUACAAAUUCUCCGAAUGUGGGAAAAGAUUUAGUUAGAUCAGCUCCCUUGUGGUUCAUGAAAGGACCCACACAGGAGAGAAGUCCUAUAGCUGCUCCCAUUGCAGUAAAUGCUUUUGCAGGCAUGGCGAUAUGGUAAUACAUCAGAGGACUCACACGAGGGGAAAACCCUUUGAAUUUGCUAAGGUUGUGGGAAAACUUUCAGUCAGAAUUCCGACCUCCUGAUAUACUAGAGGAUGGACACAGGAAAGAAAUCAUAUAACUGUCCUUAUUGUGGGAAAGGUUUCAUUGCAAAUUCCCAGCUGGUGAUACACCAGAGGACUCACACAGGAGAAAAACCCUUUGAAUGUCCUAAUUGUGGCAAACGUUUCAGUCGGAUUUCAAGCCUGGCGACACACAAAAUGACUCACACAGAAGAGAAACCCUUUGAAUGUUUUGAUUGUGGCAAACGUUUUAGUUGGAAUUCUCAUUUGGUUAAACACCAGAGGACACACACAGGAGAGAAACCCUUUGAAUGUCCUGAUUGUGGGAAAGGUUUCAGUGAGAAUUCUAACUUGGUAAACCACCAGAGGGCUCACACAGGAGAGAAACCCUUUGAAUGUCUUCAUUGUGGCAGAAGUUUCAGUCAGAAUUCCAACCUGGCGAAACACCAACGGACUCACACAGGAGAGAAACCCUUUGAAUGUCCUGUUUGUGGGAAAGGUUUCAGUCAGAAUUCAAGCCUUGUGAUUCAUCAGAGGACUCACACAGAAGAGAAACCCUUUGAAUGUUCUGAUUGUGGCAAACUUUUCAGUUUGAAUUCCCAUUUGGUUAAACACCAGAGGACUCACACAGGAGAGAAACCUUUUGAAUGUCCUGAUUGUGGGAAAAGUUUCAGUCAAAGAUCCAGCUUGGUGGUACACCAGAAGAUUCACACAGGGGAGAAAUCCUUUGAAUGUCCUGAUUGUCGGAAAAGUUUCAGUCAGAAUUCUGAGCUGGUGAACCAUCAGAGGACUCACACAGGAGAAAAACCAUUUGAAUGUCCUGAUUGUGGGAAAAGUUUCAGUCAUAAUUCCAACUUGGUAAGCCAUCAAAGAACUCACACAGGAGAGAAACCCUUUGAAUGUCUUCAUUGUGGCAGAGGUUUCAGUGAGAAUUCCAACCUGGUGACACACCAAAGGACUCACACAGGAGAAAAACCAUACAAAUGUCCUGAUUGUGGGAAAGGUUUCAGUCAGAAUUCAAGCCUGGUGAAACACCAGAGGACUCACACAGGAGAGAAACCCUUUGAAUGUUCUGGUUGUGGCAAACAUUUCAGUUUGAAUUCCCAUUUGAUUAAACAUCAAAAGACUCACACAGGAGAGAAACCCUUUGAAUAUCCUGAUUGUGGGAAAAAUUUCAGUCAGAAUUCUGAGCUGGUGAACCAUCAGAGGACUCACACAGGAGAAAAAAUAUUUGGAUGUCCCGAUUGUGGGAAAAGUUUCAGUUGGUACUGCAGCCUGGUGAAACACCAGAGGAUUCACACAGGAGAGAAACCCUUUGAAUGUCCUGAUUGUGGGAAAGGUUUCAGUCAGAAUUCCAACCUGGUGGAACACCAGAGGACUCACACAGGAGAGAAACCAUUUGAAUGUUCUGAUUGUGGCAAACGUUUCAGUUGGAAUUCCAGUUUGGUUAAACAUCAAAGGACUCACACAGGAGAGAAACCCUUUGAAUGUCCUAAUUGUGGGAAAAGUUUCAGUCAAAGGUCCAACUUGGUGGUACACCAGAGGACUCACACAGGGGAGAAACCCUUUGAAUGUCCUAAUUGUGGGAAACAUUUCAGUGAGAAUUCCAAACUGGUGAAACACCAGAGGACUCACACGAGAGAAACGAUAUGAAUAUCCAGAUUGUGGGAAAAGUUUCAGUUGUAAUUCUGAUCUCGUGAAGCCAUACAAGUGUCCAGAGUGGGGGAAAGUUUCACUUACUGUUGUGACCACCAGAGGACUCACACAGGAGAGAAGCCCUUUGAAUGUCCUGAUUAUGGGAAAAGUUUCAGUCACCAUUUUAAGCUGGUGAGACACCGGAGGAUACAUACAGGAGGGAAACCAUACAAAUGAUAUGUACGUAAUGUAGGUUACACACAGGAGAGAAAGUCAAGGAAAUCCACAUUAGGCAAAAGUUGAUGAAUUUAGACAAGAUUUAAAUUUCAUUUUUGAUCUGUCAUUGGUAGGGUAGGUGAGAAAUUGACUAUUUAAGUUUUGCCCUGAUUUAUUUUACUGAAAGAUAUCUCAGAAGUGAGAAAUGAGAAACCCCAAACCUUGAAAACAGAAUAUGCCCAAACUGAACAUAAUAAUGACCAAACAACUUCUUAGAGCUGUGAUGAUGAAGCUAUGGCACGCGUGCCACAGGUGGCAUGCGGAGCCACAUUGGUGGGCAUGCGAGCAUUGUCCUAGCUCAGCUCCGACGUGCAUGUGCGCUCCAGCCAGCUAAUUUUCGCGCUUUCCAGGCCCACUGGAAGUUGGGAAACAGGCUGUUUCAGGCCUCCGGAGUGCCUCCAGGGGGUGGUGAAGGCCCGUUUUUCACUCUCCCCAGGCUCCAGAGCCUUUCUAGGAGCCUGGGGUGUGUGAAAUCAACCUUCCCCCCUCCAGAAGCCAGAAAUGGCCCUUUUGCCAACUUUGGAAUGCGCGAGGGGAGGGCACAUUGAAUUUUGCACAUGGGCACAUGUGUGCGUGACACCCCCAUGCUCCCCCAGCUUUUGGCACGCAACGGCAAAAAGGUUAAUCAUCAUUGCCUUAGUGGAAAAAGACAGAUGGAAACAUGUCACUCAUAGAAAAAAACACAAACCUAGUACAAAACCCCUGUCCAAACCAACCCAGUCUGAAGCAGCCCCACUGGUGCUAAGCAAGUGAUAUCAUGGACUCUCACUAGAAGAAAACAGAGAAGAAGCACCAUCAAAUGUCUUUUAAAAAGUACCACUACCAAAUGUGAUAGAUAGAAAAACACCACAAACCUCCUUAGGGAAAAAAAGGCGAGUGUUGGUGAUAGGAGAUUCAAUUCUCAAGGGAAACUGCCGUCUGUAGACCAGACAGUCAAUCCAGAGAGGUAUGUUGUCUCCCUGGAGCUAAAAUCAAAGAUGUGGCUGAGAACCUAACCAAAAUAAUAAAACCAACAGACUAUUACCCCUUUCUACUACUACAUGUAUGGACGAAUGACACAAAAAAGGACUUGAAAACAAUAUUGAAUGAUUAUGAGCAGCUAGGCAAGAAACUCAAGGACUUAGGUGCACAAGUAGUUUUUUCAUUUGUACUGCCAAUGAAAGGACAACAUCCAGUAAGAGAACAAAGAAUUCUAGAAGUGAACCACUGGAUAAAGGGUUGGUGUCGCCAAAAAUACUUUGGAUUCCUGGACCAUGGUCAGUACUACUUCCAAGAUGGGCUUUUGGCAAAGGAUGAGUUGCACCUCACAAAGACUGGAAGAAUGUUUUCGGAAAAUGACUGACUCAACUUAUCAGGAGAACUUUUAACCUUUUUUUUUUUAUCAAAUUUUAUUUUUUCUUUCACACACCCCCACAUAUUUUAUGAACAGAGUAUUGACCAUAUCAUAUCUUAUACAACUUGUCGUAUCCAAAUACACUUUACAUAGUUCCAGUUUCUGUCAAAAUGUUCUUUUGUCCUACUUUUUUAUCUUAUCUUAAUACUUCUAUACUUAUUAUAUACACAGCAUCACCAUCCGCCCUCAAAUCCUAAUUUCUUAACAUUAUUUCAAUUAGUUAUCCAUUGUUAAUUAUAUAUAUUCUCUUUUAACUUUCAGAUUAAUUCGGUCUUUAUCCUAAUAAAUUUAAGCAUGUUCGAGGCUGCCUUUCUACCACUUCAUUUCCCUUAUUUUACAACAAUUAUUCUUCUCUCCUCUCUUUCUCUUCCCUCCCUUCUUCUAUCCUCUUCUACUUUCUUCUUUUCUCCUCUCCUAUUCCUUCUCUACCUCCCCUUUCUUUCCCCUCCUCCUCCUUCCUUCCUCCCUUUCUAACUUCUUCUUCUACUCGUUUCCCCUCCCUUUCUUCCUCUCCUUUUCCCUUUCUUCUGUUCCUCUCACUCCUUCCUCCCUUCUCCCCUCCUUCUAUCCCUUUAAAAAGCUGCAUUUAAGCUAGCCCUGCGCGAUGGAACAGAAGAGUCUUCAGCUCGCGGCGAAAAGUCCGGAGGUCGGGGAGUUGAUGGAACCCCGGAGGCAGCUCAUUCCAGAGGGCAGGAGCCCCCACAGAGAAGGCCCUCCCCCUGGGGGUCGCCAGCCGACAUUGUUUGGCCAACGGCACUCUGAGGAGGCCCUCCCUGUGGGAGCGCACAGGUCGAUGGGAGGCUACUGGUGGCAGGGAUUAGGGGUUUGGAGACUAAAACAUAUGAAGAAUGGUUGCAGGAACUGGGUAUGGCUAGUCUAGUGAAGAGAAGGACCAGGGGAGACAUGAAAGCAGUGUUCCAAUACUUGAGGGACUGCCACAUAGAGGAGGGGGGUCAAGCUAUUUUCCAAAGCACCUGAAGUCCAGACAAGGAAUAAUAGAUGGAAACUGACCAAGGAGAGAUUCAAUCUAGAAAUGAGGAGGAACUUUCUGACAGUGAGAACAAUCAACCAAUGGAACAUCUUGCCUUCAGAAGUGGUGGGAGCUUCAUCACUUGAGACUUUCAAGAAGAGAUUGGACUGCCAUUUGUCAGAAAUGAUGUAAGGUCUCCUGCUUGAGCUGGAGGUUGGACUAAACCAGGGGUUUGCAAACUUGGCUCCUUUGAGACUUGUGGACUUUGCUGGCUGAAGAACUCUGGAAGUUCAAGUCCACAAGUCUUAAAGGACCCAAGUUUGCAGACCCCUAGACUAGACCUGUAAGGUCCCUUCCAACUCUGUUAAUCUGUUAAAUACACAUGUGAUUAGAGAGAAAAAAUGGAAAAUAUUAAUUGGAUAAAGGUGUACUGUCUUGGUGGUGUUUUUUUGGUGUUUUUUUUUUUGGUUAUUUUUGUGUUUCCCUCUCCACAGGAUCCCUCCAAGCUUUGCCCUCUCCCACAGAGUCCCUGUAGGCAUUUCCCUCCUCCCCAGGGUCCCCACAGGUGUUUCCUUCCCCAUAGAGUCCCCACAGGCCUUUUCCCCACCCACAGGGCCCCCAAAGGCUUUUUUCUUCUGCUGCGUCCCUGCAGCCCUUAGGCCUGACUUUAAUCCCACCAGGCCUCACAGCCUCCUCCUCCAUAACCUUUGAAGAUCUCUGAACCUCAAGUUUGUGAAGAAUCCCAGGACACGCAUCCCAGGGCCACCUGGCUAUGUCCUAGAAGCAGCCGUUAUUUUCAGUGUGCCUAAGAUUCAACCCUGGGCCAUGUGAUGCAUUUGUGGAAGCAGCUGCCAUUUUGUUACAUCUGCCUCAGGGCCAAAAUGGCGGCUGCUUCCGAGUCAUUGUCACGUGGGGAGAGGGAGAAACUGCUCUGUUUCGCUACCUUAACACUGUGGAAACUGCAUUAAGGGAUUGUG